GCAUGCGGCACUGGGGGGUGGGGAAGGCUGCCGCCGCCGCCGCCCUUCUCUGCGGGACGCUGGUAGCGGAAGCCAGACUUGGGUCAGGAGCCCCGCGUAGAGAACACGUGGGAAAGCGCCGGCAGCUCAGCAGUGUCAGCAGUAGUAACAGCAGUGCGAUGGCCGAGGGGGCGAAAAAGCUGGCCGCCUGGGCUGCAGUCAGCAAUCACGUGCAGACCAAUCAAGUCCUUGGAAUUGGAAGUGGCUCUACAAUUGUUCAUGCUGUACAUAAGUUGGCUGAGAGAGUGAAGCAAGAGAAUCUCAACGUAGUUUGCGUGCCUACGUCUUUUCAGGCACGUCAGUUGAUCCUGCAGAACGGCUUAAUCUUAAGUGACCUUGAUAGACAUCCUGAGUUGGAUGUUGCCAUUGAUGGUGCUGAUGAAGUUGACCUGGACCUCAAUCUUAUCAAAGGAGGAGGGGGCUGCCUGACUCAGGAGAAAAUAGUCGCAGGCUUUGCCAGAAGCUUCAUAGUCAUUGCUGAUUACAGGAAAAGGUCUACAUGCCUUGGAGAGCAGUGGAAGAAAGGGAUUCCUAUUGAAGUCAUCCCAAUGGCCUACGUGCCAGUCACCAGAGCUUUGGCCAAGCGGUUUGGGGGCGUUGCGGAGCUGAGGAUGGCUGUCAGUAAAGCCGGACCUGUGGUGACAGACAAUGGGAACUUUUUAUUAGACUGGAAGUUUGAUAAAAUCCAUAACUGGAAUGAAGUGAACAUGGCAAUCAAGAUGAUACCAGGAGUGGUGGAAACGGGUCUCUUUAUCAACAUGGCAGAGCGUGUUUACUUUGGCAUGGAAGAUGGCUCUGUCAGUGUACGUGAGAAGCCAGUCCACUGACCACAUUCAGUUCCCCAGAUCCACUUUGCCUGUGGCCUGUUGCAUUCAGUUUGGUGCCAAUCUGACAUCUUGCCUUAAAGUGUGUCUGUGCAGAUCUCAAGAGUAUCAAAUGGAAGGUCCAGCAGAUUUUCAGCAAUACUGAAAGUGAAUGUUACCUUAAAAUCUAUUUUUUACUUUUCAUGUAAUCAUUUUUUUAAGUGAUCAAACAUUUUGAGCAUUUCUAAUUGUCACUUUAUUUUUAUAUAAAACAUUUACCAAAAAAGAAUAUUUUAUACAAAACUUGAACAAUC